UCCCUUGUACAGUUGUACUUUGUAACUCACGUUAAAGUUUAGCGGGGUCUUUCACAAUUGGCAGAGAGAUACCCACCUAUUUAUACAUCUAACGCAACUACGUAAUCAUUACAUCUUCACAUCUUCACAUCAAGACUACUACUAGUACUACCUUCAAUUUAAUUGAAUAGACCGUGACUUCUCGUCAUGGUCAUUUAUCCUUAAUGAAUGAAUCGACUGCUUUUUGAGCGGUCCACUGGCAACAUUGGACCCAAUGUCUUUGCUAGACUGCAAUCAACGAAGCUCUUACACUCCUUUGAACCUACGCCACAGAUCCGCUUCAAUGGUGGAGAGAACGGAACAGCCGUAAAAAUUGACGAGAAUGGGGCUAUAGACCCCAACACGCCUUCUUCUAUAUGGGCUCAUCAGGCUGGUGUUAAUGCUCUGGCACUCGACCGCUUCGAUGGGAAAGUCCUUAUUUCUGGAGGAAUAGAUGGCAGUAUCAGACUUUGGGACCUAGAACAGUGUAGUGAUCCAACCAAGGGACACACUUACACUCCUGCUGUGGAUAUUCCACGCUCUCCCGAAACCCACAAGUUUGGUAUCACCCACCUUUCAUUCUUUCCCUUUGAUCCACACUCUUUCCUCUCCACUUCCUACGACAAGACGUUGAAAGCUUGGUCGACGAGAUGUGGUACGCUUGCAGCCUCAUUUGAUCUCGGCCACAGAAUAUACACCCACGCCACCUCUCCUAUCGCCCACCACCUACUCGUUGCCUGUGGAACACAGCACCCCGCCACUCGUUUGGUAGAUCUACGUACAGGCUCCUUCGUACAGUCCCUGCCUGGCCAGAGAGGAGCCGUACUAGCCACAUCGUGGUCCCCGAGAGACGAGCAUAUUCUUGCUACUGGGGGUGUAGAUGGAACAGUCAAGUUAUGGGACAUUCGCCGGGCUGGUGGAGUUGUAGGCAUGUUGAACAAAGACGACGGUCUUGGAGUCUUUCAUAAUGGCAAUAUGGAUCCCAGUGGUAGAGUCCGCCUGCAAACUUCGGCCAAAGCGCACACGGCCCCUGCCAAUGGCCUUACCUGGACCGACGACGGCGCAUAUCUCGUUUCGGCUGGACACGAUGCAAAAAUCCGUGUGUGGGAUAUCGCAACUGGAAGGAAUACGCUUGCAAGCUUUGGACCCACCAUCAAAAACAGUCAACUCGGCAGCGCGAUCAUGUUUACAUCGCCAGUCGGCCUCACCCAUCCUGGAGAAGAGCUUCUCUUCUGGCCCAAUGAGAAGGAGAUUCUAGUGUUGGACUUACAUGACGGCCACGUGGUCACGAAACUUAGAGAGACCGGACCAUCUGUCACUGGCAUUCGAACAUCCACGGGCGCGACACAAGAAAUCCCAAAUCGAAUCACUAGCAUAGUUUGGAGAGGUGCUGGAGGCGGAGACAAGUCGAGUGGCGCAGUCAUGGGCGGCAGCAACACCGCCGGUGCUGUCUUCGGGGCGCACCUCGACGGUCAGAUCCGAGCUUGGACACCGCGUUUAGAGGGAGACGAUAAUGAGGAUGAUGACGAUUCCUUAGAUGCGUCUAACGAGGAGAGGACCAAGAAACGGAGGGCUCUCAAUGACGUUUUUCAGGGUUUAAUGGAGAAGAAGAUCAACUUUUCCUAAAGACUAAUGACGAUACAAAAACCCCUUUGAACUGAGAACCCACACCCAUCUGCGUCCCAUAAGAAGGGUCUUUGCGGAAGCCAGGGCCACCAUCAACCCUCGUCUUCUUCCUCUCCCCCUCUUAUGGGGCUGACCGACUCUCUGUAGAUAGAGAGGGACUAGGGACUAAAGCAAUCU